AUGCCGCCUUUAAGCCUGAGAGCUCGCAAUCUGCGAGAUGUACCCUCGUUAGCAUUGCAAUCGCCGUUGGCACCGACUUCGAUAUGUCCGCGGUGCUUGAUCCGCAUUGAAGCCAGAGGUGUCCGAUCCUCGAGACGGACAUUCUCUUCGACAGCUGCGGUAUCUUCAGCAUGGGCGGCCGCGGUCUCCAAACUCCAGAACACAGUCUCAGACAUUCUGCCUAAUCGGCCUCCAUUGCCGGGCGGCAGCAAUGUGACCAUCGACCCGUUAAAGCUUGUUGGUCGCGAGCUCAAAUUUCUCAACAAGAAUAUCCGCCAGCUACUGGGAUCCGGGCACCCUCUUCUCGAUACUGUCGCAAAAUACUAUACACAAUCCGAAGGAAAGCAUGUGCGCCCUUUACUGGUGCUGCUCAUGUCCCAGGCGACCGCAUUUGCCUCCAAAUCUCAGCGAGAUACGCCCAACCCAACGCCAACUGCGACCUCGAUAGACACUCCGAUUUCCUCUCCUUCAGUCCUGUACGAUAGCAAUCCCGAUCAUCCUGCCUCUGCCCUCCUCGCAAACCUCAACCAGACCUCCAGCACAGAUACCGACCCAACCAUUCUUCCCUCGCAACGUCGCCUCGCCGAGAUCGUGGAGCUCAUUCACACUGCCUCUCUCCUUCACGACGAUGUGAUAGACACCUCUACGACCCGGCGCUCUGCACCGUCCGCCAACAUAGAGUUCGGCAAUAAGAUGGCGGUGCUAGCUGGCGAUUUCCUGCUCGGACGCGCAUCCGUCGCGCUUGCUCGCCUGCGCGACCCCGAGGUCGUCGAGCUCCUCGCGACCGUCAUUGCGAACCUGGUCGAGGGCGAGUUCAUGCAACUGAAGAAUACUGCAAGCGAUGAGAAACACCCGCGCUGGAGCGAGGACACCAUCACAUACUACUUGCAGAAGACCUAUUUGAAGAGCGCAAGCUUGAUCAGCAAGUCCUGCCGUGCGGCGGCGCUACUAGGAGAGUGCGCGCCGAAUGUGGUUGAGGCAGCCUACGCCUACGGGAGGAACCUGGGCUUGGCUUUCCAGCUGGUCGACGACAUGCUGGACUACACGGUCAGCGGGACGGAAUUGGGGAAGCCCGCAGGUGCGGAUUUGGAGCUGGGACUGGCGACAGCUCCGUUGCUGUUCGCGUGGCGGGCACGGCCUGAGCUAGGAGAACUUGUUGGCAGAAGGUUCAAAGAAGAGGGCGACGUGCAGAGGGCGCGCGACCUUGUGAUACAGAGCAAUGGCAUCGAGCAGACGAGAGCGCUCGCGCAGGAGUACGCAGACAAGGCCAUCGACAGCAUCAAGGACUUCCCCGAAGGCGAGGCCAAGAAGGGCCUCGAGGAGAUGUGUGUCAAGGUCAUGAAGAGGCGGAAGUAA